UCUUAUCGCCUUGAUUCAGCUACUGGUAAGCCAAAGGGCAUAACCAGUAGAUGUAGAGAAAGUUAAAAAAGCGCUUCUCUCUCUCUCUCUCUCAUCUAAUCUUUUUUGUCACUGAAAGGCCAAACUCUCUCUUUCUCUCUCUAGUUAUCUACAGGGUUUUGGUGCAAAGGCAAAUAAUUGGAAAUGGAAAAUGGGGUUGAGAGAGUGGGUGGGCCUGGAUUGGGAGAGGAAACUAUUGUUGAAACUCAGUUUGUUGGGGAUAAUAAUGAGGUAGAAGAGAGAGUUGCUGUCGGGUUUGAUAGAUUGAAAGAUAUUGAAGAUGAGGUUUUUGAAGAGGCAAUUGAUUCAAAUGAGCAAUUGCAGGAGGAAGCUAAAUUUGAGUCCGAGCACAGUGUUGAGACAAUCAGUGAUUCCGUUUCGAAACUGGUGGAUGAGAAUUUAAAUAUGGGAACUGAAGUGGAGACUUUUGAGGAGGCGAUUGAUGUUGAUGUUCCUAUUGCUGAGAGUGGGAAUCCUGAGGAGUUGGCUGCAGUAGUUGGUGAAGAAGAGGUGAAGGAUUUAGUGGGUGGGGAUUCUGUUGAUAAGAUUGAUGAAGGAGGGACUAGUAAGGAAGUGGGAAGUGAUGGAUUGAAUGGAGAAAGGGAGGUCUCUGAGAUUGGUGGUGAUGGAGGAAUUGAGGUUUUGAACGAUUCAGUUGAGGUUGAUUUUAGUCAUGCAGUUGAAUCGAGCAGGGAGAUUAUGCCUGGGGAUGGUAAGGAGGAAGAAUUGAAGGAGGCUGAUUCCUUUUCUGAAUAUCAACAAACCAGGGAACCUGUUGUGGUUUCAGUUGAACUUCAAGAGGAUAGGGGUGUAGGUGUUAAUGACAAUCUGCCAAAGAUUGAUACAGAAUGUCAGAGUGAAAAAAGUGGAGAAUUAGAAGUUGUUACGCCAGUCCUUGAUUAUGUGAAUGGGGUUCAUGAGAGCGAACAAUGGACCAAUAAUUCAAAAUGUUUGGAUAUAGAGCCCCAAGAUGAUAGCAAUAGAGAUGUAAAAAAUGCUUCAGUUCUAGCUGAUUCUGGACAUCAGGGGGAAACUCAUGAACUGAAUGCUAGUUCAGCUGCCCUACAUACAGAGGAAGCAACAGCUGUGCCAGAAAUUCCAAUAGCUGUCCCAGAAACUCUAAACUCACACUCAGAAAAUUUCGUGAAUGACAGUAGCGAGGAGCGUACGACUUGUGAAGCUAACCUUAGAGCAGAGGAUAACAAGAUUUCUGAACCACAACAUGCUGAUGAAGUUAAUGGUGUUGGCAAGGAUAGUGUUGUCAUUGAGGGACCCAAAAAGGAAGCAGAAAAAGAUCGGGGACAGAAACCAAACACUCAAAAAAAUGGUCAAGGGGAAAUUCUAACUUCAGCAGAAGAUGCUUCAUCAUCUGUAAAAUCCACUGGUCCUGCGCCCCCGCCUGCCCGUCCAGCUGGUCUUGGGCGUGCUGCCCCCCUAUUGGAGCCAGCACCUCGGUCAGUUCUGCAGCAACAGCGUGUUAAUGGAACUAUGUCUCAUGUGCAAUCCCAACAGGUUGAAGACCCUACAAAUGGGGAGGGUGAUGAGAAUGAUGAGACCCGUGAGAAACUCCAGAUGAUCAGAGUGAAAUUUUUGCGGCUUGCCCAUAGGCUGGGGCAGACUCCCCAUAAUGUUGUUGUAGCACAGGUUUUGUACAGGCUGGGAUUAGCUGAGCAGUUGCGAGGGAGAAAUGGAGGUCGUGUUGGUGCCUUCAGUUUUGAUCGUGCAAGUGCCAUGGCUGAGCAGCUUGAGGCUGCUGGACAGGAACCCCUUGAUUUCUCUUGUACAAUUAUGGUACUUGGGAAGACAGGAGUUGGUAAAAGUGCAACCAUCAAUUCAAUAUUUGAUGAAGUAAAGUUCGGGACUGAUGCUUUCCAAUUGGGUACGAAAAAAGUUCAGGAUGUUGUAGGCACGGUUCAAGGGAUAAAGGUACGGGUCAUUGAUACACCAGGUCUUCUUCCUUCUGGGUCUGACCAGCGCCAAAAUGAGAAGAUUCUUCACUCUGUCAAGCGCUUUAUUAAGAAAACUCCUCCAGACAUUGUGUUGUAUCUUGAUAGGUUAGACAUGCAGAGUAGGGAUUUUGGUGAUAUGCCCCUCUUGCGCACCAUAACUGAGAUAUUUGGUCCAUCUAUCUGGUUUAAUGCUAUUGUGGUCCUGACUCAUGCUGCAUCCGCUCCACCUGAUGGUCCAAAUGGUACUGCUUCAAGUUAUGACAUGUUUGUUACUCAGCGUUCUCACGUUGUUCAACAAGCAAUCCGUCAGGCAGCUGGUGAUAUGAGGCUUAUGAAUCCAGUUUCAUUAGUAGAGAACCACUCAGCAUGCAGAACAAAUAGGGCUGGGCAGAGAGUUUUGCCAAAUGGUCAGGUGUGGAAGCCACAUUUACUAUUACUCUCUUUUGCAUCAAAGAUUCUUGCUGAAGCGAAUGCGCUUUUGAAGUUGCAAGAUAGUCCUCCUGGGAUGCCUUCUGCAACUAGAUCAAGGGCGCCUCCUUUACCAUUUCUGCUCUCAUCCCUUCUCCAGUCAAGACCACAACUUAAGCUUCCUGAGGAACAGUUUGGUGAUGGCGAUGGUCUUGAUGAUGAUUUGGAAGAGUCAUCAGAUUCUGAGGAUGAUUCCGAUUAUGAAGAUUUGCCACCAUUUAAAAGUUUGACAAAGGCCCAGGUGGCCAAGCUUACUAGAGCUCAGAGAAAGGCAUACUUUGAUGAGUUAGAAUAUAGGGAAAAACUUUUUAUGAAGAAACAGUUGAAGGAAGAGAAAAGGCGAAGAAAGAUGAUGAAAAAAAUGGCUGCUGCAGCUAAGGACCUGCCUAGUGAUUACAAUGAAAAUUUAGAAGAUGAAACUGGUGGGGCUGCAUCUGUGCCUGUUCCCAUGCCGGAUUUAGCCUUGCCUGCUUCUUUUGAUUCUGAUAAUCCCACCCAUCGUUAUCGUUACCUUGAUACCUCUAACCAGUGGCUCGUAAGGCCUGUUCUGGAAACCCAUGGUUGGGAUCAUGAUGUUGGUUAUGAAGGUAUAAAUGUUGAAAGAUUGUUUGUGGUUAAAGACAAAAUUCCCUUAUCUUUUUCUGGCCAGGUGACAAAGGAUAAGAAGGAUGCCAAUGUUCAAAUGGAAGUAGCAAGUUCUAUAAAGCAUGGGGAAGGGAAAUCAACUUCCUUAGGUUUUGAUAUGCAAACUGUGGGGAAAGACUUAGCUUAUACUUUACGCAGCGAGACAAGGUUCUGUAAUUUUAGGAAGAACAAGGCAACAGCUGGUCUAUCAAUAACUCUUCUGGGUGAUGCCUUAUCAGCUGGAUUGAAAGUUGAGGAUAAAUUGAUUGCCAAUAAGCGCUUCCGAAUGGUUGUGUCUGGUGGUGCAAUGACUGGCCGUGGUGAUAUAGCUUAUGGUGGCAGUUUGGAGGCCCAACUGAGAGACAAGGAUUACCCGCUGGGUCGUUCCUUAUCAACCCUUGGGCUCUCUGUCAUGGAUUGGCAUGGAGAUCUUGCUGUUGGUUGUAAUAUACAAUCUCAGGUCCCUAUAGGGCGAUCUACAAACUUAAUUGCCCGUGGCAAUUUGAAUAACAGGGGAGCAGGACAAAUUAGUGUUCGCGUAAAUAGCUCAGAACAGCUUCAAAUAGCUUUGGUUGGACUCCUCCCUCUAUUGAAGAAGCUAUUUAGUCACCCUCAACAAGUGCAGUACUGACAAUGAUGAAAAACUAGGUUGUUUGUGCUCCAGCUUAUGAUGCGCGGGUCGAUGAUGGCCAUUUUUAAAAGUGAGUAAAAUGGCUGCUUGUUCUUUACUUAUUUUUUCCUGAAAAGCCCUCCCCCUUUUUGUCAAAGUUAAGAUUUCAGCAAUAUGUUGCCUUUUAUUAUAGUGACUUUUUUUUUUUUUUGGUUGAAAUAUUUUCAUGUGGUGGUUUUUUGUUAACAAUAAGCUGCCAGGCACGCCUUGCUUCUGGAUUAAACCACACAUCUUAACCUAAAAUCUUGUAUGGGUGUAGAAAUUGGUUUAUGCUGUACAAUGUAUAGUCACCUUGCCUUUCUAGUUUUAGGCUAGGACCACAUCUGUUUUAUCCUUUCCUCUGCCCAUUGUAGAAACCAGAAAGAUAUCGAAAGUUUUGUUAGUUUGUCAUCAUUUCAGAGAAGAUUUCUUUUGGUGUCUUGAGGUAUUAGAAAGUCUUAUGUAUUUCACUUUUGUACGUUUCAAAAAAUGGCUUAUUUCUUCUUUA